AUGGCCGACGUAGAAAAGAAAGUCAGAGUCUCCGGCGAGCAGCAACGGCCAUCUGAGCCCGUCUUGCCAACCGUCAAUCCCUCUGCAGAGAAGUCGGAGCCUCCGAAAGCUGCUCUCCAUCCCGCAGUCUACGUUGUAACAUGGAUCAGUUUCAGCGGUGGUGUCAUUCUUUUCAACAAAUGGCUACUCGACACACUUGGAUUCAAAUUUCCCAUCACCUUGACAGCAUGGCACAUGGUCUUCGCGACUUUCAUGACCCAAGUGCUUGCGAAAACCACAACGCUGCUUGAUGGGCGCAAGACCGUCAAGAUGACCGGCCGUGUCUACCUACGAGCGAUCCUUCCCAUCGGCUUUUUCUUCAGCUUGAGUUUGAUCUGUGGCAACAAAGCCUACUUGUAUCUGUCGGUGGCAUUCAUCCAGAUGCUCAAGGCUACCAUGCCCGUCGCAGUCUUGAUCGUAUCCUGGAUCUUGGGAGUAGCUCCUGUCAACUUUAAGACUCUCGGCAAUGUCUCGCUCAUCGUCGUUGGUGUCGUUAUUGCUUCAAUCGGCGAGAUCAAGUUCGACCUGACUGGCUUCCUCUACCAAGCUGGUGGCAUCGCCUUUGAGGCGACAAGAUUGGUCAUGGUGCAGCGCUUGCUCAGCUCUGCCGAAUUCAAGAUGGACCCACUCGUGUCACUAUACUACUUUGCGCCUGUGUGCGGUGUGAUGAACACUGUGGCGGCUCUCGUCGUUGAGGUGCCCUCGAUGAGCAUGAAGAACGUAUAUGAUGUGGGCAUCUUCAUGUUGGUCGCUAACGCCAUGGUGGCAUUCCUGCUGAACGUCUCCGUUGUGUUCCUGAUCGGCAAGACUUCCUCCCUCGUCCUCACACUCUGCGGUAUCCUCAAGGAUAUUCUCCUGGUGGCCUGCUCAAUGCUCAUCUGGGGCACGCAGGUGUCUCUCACGCAGUUCUUUGGCUACAGCAUCGCACUCAGUGGAUUGCUCUACUACAAGCUCGGUGCCGAGCAGCUCAAACAGCAUAUUAGCCAAGCUGGCCGAUCAUGGGGCGAGUUCGGAGCAACAAGACCAGUUGCCCGGAAGCUCCUGGUUUUUGGCCUGUUCAUUUUUACCGUCCUGCUAUUGCUUGGUGGACUAGGACCCACCUAUGCUCCCUCUCAGACCCAGAGUGUCAAGGACUAUCUCAGCUCUGCCGGUUUGCCUGGCAGAUAA